AUGCAUCGUAAAAAUGCUGUCCACUCAUUUUUCCAGAGAACUCAACCGCCGAGAGGAGUGAAAAAAGUUCAAAGUUCUUUACCAGAUAGGAAUAGUUCGGCUCCAUCCACUUCGUCUGGCAGUAGUAUAGAUGUAGUUAAUGACCCAAAACCAAAAACAUGGAAAAGGAUGGAAAUAGAAAAAAUGCCUUCCAAACUUAAAAUCAAAGCACAGCAGAAAUCUAAAAAAUAA